CUGUCAGGUACCAUGUACAGUUUACAAGAAACAGCUAUAGAAGUUAAGUCCUGUCCUACAACAAAAGAAGAGUGGCUGAAAGCAUCUACAAAGAAAAAUUGUUCUGCCUUAUAUAGAUCAAGAAAUGUGAAAUAUGAAUAUCACUGCGUUAUCAACGAAUGGGGUAAUAGUACGCUUGAAGUUUGCGCAGUCAACAGGUUUAUUUUAUAUGGGAAAUGUGCGGAAUAUAACUAUGGAGCGAUGCGAAUACAAAGCAGUGGUAUGAAAAUGUGUUCAGCGCAUAAGCCCCCGUGUCCAGACGUAUACAACUCUUCAGAUUCAUACAUGUAUCAAGGAUGUUAUAAUAUUUCAAAAACAACGGGUGGACAAAAAACGUCAGAUCUCAUUUCACAUUAUCCCAAUCUUCAAAUGUCGGAGAUGGAUAUGAGAAUAGCGAUCAUAGUUUCAAUUUCAGCAGUUAUGGCAAUUAGUGUCGCUGUAUCGAUCAUUCUUUGGAGGCUUUACAGAAUACAGAAUAAUCAUAAUGCAGGCACCGCUUUUGUUUCGGAAGAGAGCAGUCGGACUUUUCUGCCUAACAGUUAAGAAAAAGACAACAUCCAUAAUGGAUCAAUCAAGUGACUAGGUGUUGAGAAUAUAGUGAAUAGGAAAAGCUACAAAAUAGUAGAUGGACUCAGUUUACUCUUUUGUGCAGGAAAAUUAUUGGACUAUUAUUUUUUCUCCAAUGCGCUUUAAUUUUAAGACAGGAUAAUUUUCCUCUUUUGAAGCGAAUUAUUUCACUGAUAUAUUAAAUUGUAGGAUAUGAAAUCGCCCAUUUUAAACUUGAAAUCAGAUUCGGAACUUCUGGAUAUUCUCCAUUCCAUGUGUGCAUUUUCUUUUUAAGUAGGAUAUAAAGAACUAGAACAACAGAUUUUUUUCCUAGCGCUUUGCCAAAUCUUUGUCUUUGUUCCUUUACAAAGCGGUCGAUAUUUGAAGUGAAACGGGUCUUUCGGAUAUGACCUUAGAAAAGAACUUUAAAAAGCUGCAAUUGCUGUUGCUUCGCAACAAUAAUUUUUCAAUUCAUGAAAACUCUUUGUAACAAUACACUUUUUUUCUCAUAUGUUGGUGAAAGCUCCAGCGUACUUCAAAGCUAAUUUUUUUGAGAUUAUAUGAAUCAUUUACCAGGCCAUGAAGUAGUAAUAAUUAAUAAUUUUUUUGU